UUCCCCUCUAGUUCUUCACCAGAUAACAUGGAUGAAAAUGAAAGUACUCAGUCCCUGAUGGCAACCAGCCAGUAUCCUAAAGAAGCAGUGAGAAAACGCAAUAAUUCAGCACGUAAUUCUGGUGGAAGCAAUUCAUCUAGGUUGUCCAGGAAAAGUUUCAAGUUGGAUUAUAGACUAGAGGAAGAUGUCACUAAAUCAAUGAAAGGAAAGAAUGGGAGAUUUGUCAAUCCAUGGCCAACCUGGAAAAGUCCCUCUCUACCAAAUGCUCUCAGAUGGCUGAUAAUGGAAAAAGACCACAGCGGUGUUCCAUCUUCCAAAGAGGAACUUGAUAAAGAGCUCCCUAUACUGAAGCCCUAUUUCGUCAAUGCCCCAAAAGAAGCUAGAUUGAGGGAAAUGGGCUUACGUGUCACCUGGCUGGGGCAUGCAACAGUGAUGGUGGAGAUGGAUGACCUUAUUUUCCUGACCGAUCCCAUCUUCAGCACCCGGGCUUCUCCAUGGCAGCAGAUGGGCCCCAAGCGUUUUCGUCCUCCCCCGUGCUCUGUAAGCGAGCUCCCGGAAAUCGAUGCUGUUCUCAUUAGUCACAACCACUACGACCACCUGGACUAUAACACUGUCAUUGCCUUGAACGAGCGAUUCGGGAAUGAGUUAAGGUGGUUUGUGCCUUUGGGUCUCAUGGACUGGAUGCAAAAAUGUGGCUGUGAGAAUGUGAUUGAGUUGGACUGGUGGGAGGAGAACUGCGUCCCUGGACAUGAUACAGUCACCUUUGUUUUCACUCCUUCCCAGCACUGGUGCAAAAGAACUCUAAUGGAUGACAACAAAGUUCUGUGGGGAAGCUGGUCUGUUUUGGGACCUUGGAAUAGAUUUUUUUUUGCAGGUGACACUGGUUAUUGUUCUGCUUUUGAAGAGAUAGGGAAAAGAUUUGGACCUUUCGACCUUGCAGCGAUUCCCAUUGGAGCUUAUGCACCAAGGUGGCUUAUGAAAUACCAGCAUGUAGACCCAGAAGAAGCAGUAAGGAUUCACAUUGAUGUUCAAACAAAGAAAUCAGUGGCAAUUCAUUGGGGAACUUUUGCCUUAGCCAAUGAGUAUUACUUAGAACCUCCAGUGAAACUGAAUGAAGCUCUCGAAAAGUAUGGACUGAAGCCUGAAGAUUUUUUUGUUUUAAAGCAUGGAGAAUCAAGAUACCUAAACACUGAAACCUUUGAUUAAAUAAGAGCACAGGAGCUUUUAAUGAAAAAGGCAUCACCUGAUAAAUGUUUGCAAAAACUUAAGUCAAAGCUAUUGUAUUUUACUUGUGGAAACAACAGCUGCAAAUUAGUGUUUUAUUUAAUAACUCCCUAAUAAGAUUGCCA